CGUGUUCUUUCGUGGUAAAUCGAUGCGGAGGUUAUAACAUCUGACCUUAUAGAGUUAAACACUUUAUUUUCUACUUCGGAAUAACAUUGGAUUUCUAAUACACCUAUAAUAAUUGUUGUUGUUGUUGUUUCUGUAAAUUGCGUUUAUAAGGGAAGUAUACCUGAUCCCAAGUAGUUACAAUGGUGGAUCCUAUCAGUAAGAAAUCACUGGACAGCCCGUUCGCAUAAAGUGUUGGUUCCGUGUGUCCUUCAGUAAUGUGCGGCCUCCCCGGGGGUCUCGAAAAUUGGUUAAUCUUUUCGCUACUUAAAGCAGAUUUCGCCCGUAGAGUGAGACUCUGUUGUGUCUUUGGAGGGACAGCCAACGAGGCCCUCCUUGUCACCGAUGAUGAUGAGGUGUGGGCUCUUGGAAGCAAUGUAUCUGGGUGCCUAGGAAUUGGUGAUACUCGCACAGCAUUAAAUCCUGUCAAGGUAGAAGCCAUUUGCAAUAAGAACGUUCGAUCCUUUGCGUAUGGAUCGGGGCCUCAUGUACUCGCUCUGACGGCCCAAGGCGAUGUUUAUGGUUGGGGUCAUAGUGGCUAUGCUCAGAUCGGAAAUGAGGUGGCGUGUGGAAGCUUCCAUUCGACUGCCAGAACGAUUAGUGGAGAGGUCUAUUCGUGGGGUCAAAACAAUUGUGGGCAACUAGAUGUCGGAACUACAUCUUCAAAUCAGCACAAUCCAAGAAAGGUCUUAAAUAUAAUUCAUUGCCUGGGAAUCGCCUGCGGACAGACAUCAACAGUAGCUGUUUCCGAAAACGGUGAAAUUUACGCUUGGGGUCUUAAUGGUUCUGGUCAGUUGGGGCUUGAAAAUAAUGUCAACCCAAUGUUACCCGCUAAAAUUGAUGGCCUUAAAAAUGUCACAAUUCAAAAGGUUGUUUGCGGAUUCGCGCAUACAAUGGCCCUCUCAGAUGAGGGUACACUAUACGUAUGGGGAGCAAACUCUUACGGUCAACUCGGACUUGGUAACAAGGCUAACCAGGUAAAUCCUGUCCGUAUGAAGACAGACCAAAGUCGAAUCAUCGAUGUGGCUGCGUCGCACUACACACAGAUUUCCGCAGCCCUCACUGAAACUUCAAAGGUAUUAAUGUGGGGUCAUUGUCGGGGUCAAGCAGUGACAGAGCCUAUCGUUACGCCGUUCAAAUCACUCCAUGAUGUCUUCGCUGCAUUUUCUUCGGUGGCAAUCACACAACUGCCUAUGGUUGUUGGUCACAGGUGGGAACGCUGUCUUACGGGCAUCCUGCGCCAACAAUUCAACGAUCCGACCCAUUCGGACAUCAAAUUUGUGGUAGAAGGAAAAAUGAUUUAUGUUCACAAGACAAUACUCAAAUUUAGAUGCGAGGAUUUCAGUACGAUGUUCCAGGACCAUUGGGCGGAGAAUCAAAAAGAUACCAUAAAAAUCGAGCAGUUCAGCCAUCAGGUCUACAAAGCAUUCCUUGAGUAUCUCUACACGGGAGAGGUGGCUCUUUCACUAGAAGGUGCCAUUGGCCUUCUGGAUUUUGCCAACGCAUAUUGUGAGAUUGGUCUCAAGGUGCACUGCCAUAAUAUAAUAGAAAAUGGCAUUCUUGUAGAAAAUUGCGCUUUGCGAUAUGCCGCCGCUAUAAAAUACGAGGCCAAGGAACUUGAGGACUUCUGUUUUAGGUUUGCGAUGAAUCAUACGACAGCGGUGGUGCAAAUCGAGGCGUUUAGCAAACUGGAUGACGGAACUUUAAAGGAUUUUAUUGUUAAAGCGGCAAAAUAUGGCGCGUUCCGGCAUUGACCAGAUCGAGAUCGAAUAGAAUGUUCAGAAACUGACACAAGGAAGCAACGCGUGCGAGGUGGCCUGGUACUGCUUUUUGUAGACACGAGGAUGACUUACGAUGCAGACUGUAUCGAAAAUGUCUGUUGUACCAAUUGAGUGAAAUACUCAUGAAGAACUUACAGUUAGAGUUACAGUUAGAGUUACAGCUAUACAAAUAACAGGAGAAGCCUUCUGUCGGAAUCUGUGGGGUGAAACCUUUUCUGAUGUUCUAGAGUCAUGGCAGAACUGCUUUUUGUAAAUGUAAUCACUCAGGGGGUUCAAGGAUUUCUAUGGUAAAGAUAACAAUCCAUAAUAUAUACAGCUGAGGUCAAAAAAUAUAUUUUAAUCUUGCUGGCCUGACUGCAGGCAAUCGAGUGAAAUAAGAAUGUUGUUUCACAUCGCUUCGAUAGCUAAACUCGAAUGUGAUACAUCGACUUUGACUGAAAAUAAAUUGUGAAAUAAAUGGUUUAUGCAAUGGAUAUGGAUAUAGAUUUAUAGGUAAUACAGGACAAGCGAUAUGUUAUACAUAUUCAUACACAAAAAGACCUGAGCCCGCUAGUCUUACUUCGAAUAUGUACAAGCCAUUAAAUGAAACGCUAUGAAUAAUUAUGUCAGCCGAUGUAAAUACUAAGUAGCUUACAAGUAAACAUACUCGUUUUUUAAUAAGAGAACAACAAAGUUUUUCGUUAGCUUUACAUUAAAAUUUCAAUUUAGGAUAACCAACAUCUUUACUACUGGCGAAAUUCCGUAAGCGUUGUUAGCUUCUGCAAAUAAUAACAGUAAAAACGGCACUUUAUGCUUCGGGUAGGGAGAAGCUUGUUGCAGGUCGUUCUGAAAAAAGACGCCGGAAAACAGAGGUAGUUGCCUGAUGAACCGUGAAACGCUCCUCCAGGGUGCCGCCUACGAAAUUUCGGUAAUAUGGAAAGUUAGUGUUUGUCUUGCAUGCAUCGACUUGUAAUUGCACUUGCGGUAUCUGGUAUUGAUAGCGAUUCCAUCGCUCGUCAAAUUACUUUACCAGGUGUUCCAUAUUCGCUGUGAGUCAACGCGAAAAGUUGAGGCAGAGUUGGAGCGUCUAAAACUAGCAGUCGUCGUAUUGUAGCAUGGAAUCUGUUGCACCAACUGGUUCUAUGUUCAUAAGACAAAUGCUCAUAACGAAGAAGCUCUUCCAAUAGUUCCUUCUAAUUAGUAGACAGGAGUGACCUUCAUACAAUUUUUUUGCUAGCUUGUAGUAAAAGCACUGUACUGGUUCAGCACAAUAUUUUUAAUACAUACUACCUAACGAAUAACUAAUCAGGGAAAACUCAGAGAACUGUGUAAAUUUAUCUAGCGUACAAACAAUCCAUGCGUAAGAUAAUUCGGCAAAUCGUAAAGAGAAAAAGUAAAUUUUGAUUUUGAAAAAAAUAAACCGUGUACUGACGUAUUUAUUUAUCAGCCUUAGCCUUUCUCCAGUUAAAAGAAAACAACUGCAUCAAAUUAGCCUUUUUCAUAACGUAACGCUAGACUAUGCUUCUCAAUGAAACGACCGAGUAAAAAUACCCAUGCAACAUCCUCGUAUUUCUUGCCGCAGACAGCUUCAUUGAGUCAUCAUUAACAUUCUUGUUAAUAUCUACUGUAGCUACCAUAUUCUAUUUUCUUUACAGUCCGACAUCUAAAUAACAAUUCAGCCUAAUAUCUUUUUGUCUCU